GUACGUGAUAAAGUGCAAGUUGAUCAGUUCCUGUUAGUUUCAGGUCAGAAUAUUUACUGUUUAGUGACGAACGAAAGUCAAGAUAAUCAAGACAUUGAUUUGGUGAUAUUUAUUCUUAAAAUACUAUAAGAAUUAAAUACUACAUUCAAGAUGAAGGCAUUAACCUGUCCAUUCCUGAACAAGAUACCCUUAAGUCAAAUACGUCAAUAUGCUCCAGCAGUUCUGGGAUAUGCCAAGAAAUGCCCUGUUAUUGCACAUGUAAUGAAGUAUUCUACUGUUUUGGAAACAGAAAUGGAUGAAGAGAUUAAAAAGUGUCCUUUCUCUACUGAGAAAUUGAAUAGCACAGAAAGCAACAUAAAUCAAAUACCUGAUAUGAUUAGUGUCAAGAAAACUGAUUUUGAGAUGAAGGCAGCUGUAGCUGAAGAUAUCAUUAUGUCAGAGAAAAUAACUUUGGAAGUUGAUAACUCCCCAUCUAAUGUUCUGUCUGGCAUUAACAUUUCUGAUGCACUUAAAGGCCUGACGAAAGUUGAAUUAGAAACAUCUGGGACAUCAGUAGAAAAGAAGCCCUUUUUCAAUUAUGAGGCUUUUUUUGCUAAACAAUUGGAAAGUAAAAAGAAUGACCAUACUUACCGUGUAUUUAAGAAAGUAAUGAGAGAUGCAACUCAGUUUCCAUAUGCUAAGGAAUAUAGUGGUGAUAAGAAAGAUAUAUCAGUCUGGUGUAGUAAUGAUUAUCUUGGAAUGAGCUGGCAUCCUAAAGUUAAAUAUGCUGUCAAGGAUUCCUUAGAAAAACAUGGAGCAGGAGCCGGGGGUACAAGAAAUAUAUCUGGUAAUUCACCACUUCAUGAAGAAUUGGAAGAAGAAUUGGCCAAAAUUCAUCAAAAAGAGGCUGGUUUGAUAUUUACUUCCUGUUAUGUUGCUAAUGACACAACACUUUUUACACUGGGAAAAACACUGCCAGGUGUCCAUUUUUUCUCCGAUGCUGGAAACCAUGCCUCCAUGAUCCAGGGACUGCGGAACAGUGGUGCACCAAAACAUAUUUUCCAUCAUAAUGACCCUGACCAUUUGGAACAUCUUCUCAAACAAGUGGAUAUGAAUGUUCCUAAAAUAGUAGCCUUCGAAACUGUUCAUUCUAUGGAUGGUUCUAUAUGUCCCUUGACAGAACUAUGUGAUGUAGCUCAUAAAUAUGGUGCUUUAACAUUUGUUGAUGAAGUACAUGCUGUUGGUCUGUAUGGCGAUAGUGGUGCUGGAAUUGGUGAAAGGGAUAACUGUCUUGAAAAAAUGGAUCUGAUCACUGGAACUCUUGGUAAAGCAUUUGGUAAUAUGGGAGGAUAUCUGGUUGGUUCUAGUAAUACUAUUGAUAUGAUUAGAAGUUAUGGAGCGGGUUUUAUUUUUACUACAAGUCUACCACCAACAGUACUCAGUGGUUGUCUUGCUUCCAUUAAGGUGUUAGCCAGUGAAGAAGGAAGAGAACUUCGGGCAAAACAUCAAGAGAAUGUAUCCUAUCUACGUGAAAGAUUAGUGGCUUGUGGUAUUCCUGCGAUGCAUUCACCUAGUCAUAUUAUUCCUAUACAUGUUGGAGAUGCUGAGUUAUCAACUAGAUUAUCUAAUGAGUUAAUCAGGGAGUUUGGAAUUUAUGUACAGGCCAUUAACUACCCUACUGUUGCCCGUGGUGAAGAACGCUUACGUCUAGCUCCAACACCUCAUCACUCUAAAGAAAUGAUGGAUUACUUUGUUGACAGUAUUGUCAAGGUUUGGAAAUCCUACGAUAUGGAGCUUUUCCAACCAAUCUGCCCCAAAAAAUGUGAAAAUUGCAGAAAAAAUCUUCAGUUUGAGGAGCUAUUUGCCACUGAUCCAAUCUGUGUUCGCUCUAACUGUACCUAUUCAUCUUUACAAGCUGUAUUAGCUUGAAGAUAACAUGUUACAUUUUACUCUAUAAAAUCAUAAAUUUUACAAUAUUAUUGUUUAUUCUUUAGCUACUUGUAUCUUAUAGCAUUCUUUGAUAUCUUUAAUUAUUUAGAAAUUAUAUGUAGGCUAUUUAUGUUUGCUUUAUACUGCCAAGUUUCUAUAACCUAUGAUUGAUUCAGACUUUGUACUAAAACUUGAAUAACUCAUUUAUUAAUACCAGGCUAUAUAAUAGAUCUUAACCAUUUAAAGCUAUAUAACCAUAUAUUAUGAAUUUGCAUUAACCAAAAUUCACAAAAUUUUAUUAAUUUAAAUAAAACCUAUAAAUUGUAAGCCUUUGAUCAUAAAUUUAAAUAAAAUAUGAACGCUGUCAUGAUAUGAUGUAAAACUGAUGUUACAUUUAAAAUAAAAAUAAUACGAAUAUAUAAAUCUUCAUUAUGUAAUUUAUUGGUCUAAUGCAUUUCAAAACAUGCACACCUGACAAAUGGCUGUCAAAAUAAUAUAUAUAUACAUCAAAAGUACAUGUAUAUACAUCCAAAUGACCUUCACCUAUUUUUCAUUUGAAAGGAUCAGCAUUUGUUAAACAUAAUUUCAUUAGAGACAUCAUGACAAAAAGGAAAAAAAUAUGGAUGAUACUGAUAGUGUUAGAUAGAUAGUAAUUUAGGAUCGGUGUUAAAGUAUAUAUAUCAAUAUAUUUAAAACUUGGCACUGCAGGCACAUGCAGACUUUGAAUCAGUAUGUUUUUUUACUUAGGAAAGAAAAUUUUGAUAGAGUAUGGUCUUUAGUAAGAGUUAUUUUGCUUGAGUAUGAUCUUUUGUAAGAGCAGUUUUGAUUGAGAAAGAACAAUUUUAAUUUAGAAAAAGUAGUAAUAAUUUUGAAUGAGUAUACAUGUAUUUAACCUUGUACAUGUUCUGUUGUUACUGAGAGCUUUGGUGGAAAGAGGAAUUUUUGUGUUUGAAAGAUUAUUAUUUGGUUUUAUUUGGUUUAUUAGUCUUUGUUUGAUUCACUUUUUACCAAAGCAACUACAAGUUCAGAAUUAUGAGAAAUAUAUAUCAUACAUGAGAUCAAACAAACCAAAUAAUCAGUGAUAUAAAAUAAUUGUAAUUUAUUUUUCUAAAUCUUGUUAGAAAUAUUAGAUAUGUAUUUUUGUUAUUAAUAAAAGCUUUUAGAUUUAUUGUUGUUAAUUAUAAUCAAGCUCUUCUAUCAUAGUCUUUAUUAUUAUGUUAUGAAAUAUGAACUAUCAUGUUAUUUUAAUAAACAAACUUAUAUUACUGUAAUUCUGGUCUUGUUUUUAAAUUGUAAUAAAAGAUUGUCAUCAGA